UGUUUUAAAGGAUUUGUGCUAACUGACGCGUGUGAAAAGAAAUAAAUAGUGAAAACAUAUGUGUUAAUGUUACUGACAAGAUCUAUAAGUGAACCUAAAGUGAACGUGCAAUAUUUGAGUCAAGAUUUUAAUGUAUUCCGUGGCGUUUGGUGAUGCUUAUUCUUAUUACGUGUUGUGUUUUAUCACAACAAUUUGAAAAAGUCCAGGUCGCGUCCAGGGAAACAUUGAACCGAUGAUUACGCAGUGAAGUGCAAAAAGUGAACCUCUUAAUUAGGGAGGACGAAGACGAUUUGUAGGAUAUGUGGACAACGGACGACUUCAUGAACCAAAAGAAUUUGCCAGAAGCAAAUCGAGAUGCUAAUCUUCAAUAAAUUCAGAGGAAAUUUGCUAUUUUUGAUGCAGAGGAAGCCAGGAUUUGUCAUCUCUGGCUGGGCCAUAUGAAGGCCCCAUUUGGGUUUUACUUCUGGGCCUCCUGGGCUUGGUGGGCGCCUUUGCAAAUGGAGCCGUCCUUCUCGUUUUCGCCAGGACGGCUGCUCUCCGCAACCGAUCAAACAGGCUGGUUAUGAAUCUGCUGUCCAUCAACCUGGUGUCAAGCUUUCUGCUGCCAACGUUAGGCGCCCUUGACCUUCUGCGGCCGAGCGCACUUUCAGGGGCCAUUGGUGAAAGUUCGGCGGCCGGCGUGCUGGCCAGCUCGGCCAUCGGCGUUCUGUGCGUGGCCGCUGACCAGUACCGGGCGGUGCUGCGACCUCUGACCUACCACGGCACCAGACCCGUGCACGCCGCCCUCGCCUCCUGGUUCGCUGGCGUCGUUGCGGCUUCUGGAGCUUUGCCAGGUUUAAAUGAGGAAACGUCGCUAUGGAAACUGGAAGGCCUUUCUCUUCCUCCCACCCUCUUCCGCCGAUAUUUCACUCUGGCCUUUGUCAGCCUCUUCUUCAUCAUCCCUGUCCUCACCCUGAUGUGGCUCUAUGGCUGCAUCUAUGCCGAAGCGCACCGCAACAGUAAAAGGGCGAGACGCCAUGGCGAACCCUCAUCCCCCAUCUCACCACCCCUGCUACCGCAGAGCUCCUCAAAACCAAGACUUGUCAGCUCUCUCAAGCACCGCAUUUCGAACGCUAGCUUAUUCAGAUAUCGAGAAGAGGCUCGAGCAGCGCGCAUUUCCUUCCUUGUUGUGUUCACCUGCGUGGUGUGCUGGGCGCCGUACUGCGCCCUGCUUCUGCUGAGGACCCAGCUGGGCCUGUCCAUCCCACCGCCAGUCCUGGCCGCCUCUCUAGCGCUGCUGACGUGCACCUCGCUCGUCUCGCCCGCCCUCUUUGCCUUCAGGAGUCGCCGUCUCCAACGAGAAGUGGCUCGUCUCCUGUUGUGCCGAGGGCGGCAGAGUUACGGCGGCUGGAGGCGGGAAAUCGCCUCCUCCCUCGCCCCCAGCUGCAAGGUCGGGGACGUCGAGAGUCCACCGGACACUUCGAGGAGCUCUUUUUCCAGCGGCACCAGCACUCAGGGCACCAGCGAGCUGGAAUGACUGAGGCGGUGGCUUUGCCACUUGCUUUGCAGAAAAGAGCGGGGCUCUAGAAAUCAGCACAAAAAAGAACGCCAAUCGCCACCAGCAGAAAUUUGUGAAGGACCGAGUGGAUUUGCCUUGAAAGAGAUGGAAACGAACUGUGCAAAAUAUGAAUUUGUAUCAAAAGUGUGAAAUUUUCCUCCGUUGUAAGAAGAAAAAAGAGUGUGUUUUUUAUAUCUGCUGGUAAAUUUUGAGAUUUAAUCUAGAUGCUUUUAAUCUGACACUGUAGGAGCCCUGCUUAUGUAAAUUUUACUACAUAAUAUCUUAAGUGUGCAUUUUACAUUCAGCGUGACCGCUAAUGACUAUUGUAAACUCUUUUGAAUGAACCACAGUGGUUCUCUGAUCUAGUCUAUGUAUUACUUACAAAGAGUAUUUGCACUGUUCAGUCAGAGAGUAGACUCUCACAAUUUUAAUAUAAACAGUUACUUUUCACAAAUGUGUUACAAAGCUACACACAAACGCAUGCAAAAUUGCUUAUUUUAAAACUGAAAAAAUCCUACUGAAAUUUCUAAACCGCACUGAACAAUGCCUUAUGUGUACAGAAGUUUUUCUCUCAACGUAGGAUGUAAUUUUUAAUUUAUUUUUGUACUCUCAAGUUCCUAUUGUAACAAACUACUACUAAACCUCGCCCUCUACUCACAAACCUGACAGUUUGUAUUCUCUGCAAGAGCAGCUUGCACUUUUGAGAGCAUUUUGAACAAACAUUAUUUCAAAAUCCCACUCGUGGGGCUUCCGAUGUGGUCCCCGAGCAACACAGAUUAUCAUUUAAUAACGCCGUUUAAUAUCAAAGAGAUAUUGAGAGGACAAAGCGCCUCUUUCACAUUGUUUGAUCCUCGAUUUUGAGGCUGCAUUAACACUUUUACCCGUAGUCAUUUGAUGUGUCAGUCAGAAGUGAAAAACACACACGCUUUCACUUCAUAGUUUUAACAACUGAUUAAUACCGCUUGUAAUUUUUGUAAAUAAUAAAACACCUGAAAAUCAUACUAAACUCACUGUCUUUUAUUUUAUU